AAUUGGAGCUAAGCAUUUCAUUGGAAUCUGAUUCAGUGAGAGUCGCGUCUUCUCGUCGUCUUCGCCUAUCGCCACUGCUUUGCCACCCAGACACGCUGCUCAGUUCACGGCGGAAGAGGAGUUAUUAGAGGCGGCUUGACUUCCUAGAGGCGGAAGCCGAUCGGACAUUAAGCAAUGGCGAAAGACUCGACGUUAGUGCACUCGCCAUUGGUGACAUAUGCAUCGGUUCUCUCUCUGCUCAUCUCCUGCCCUCCUUUCGUCAUUCUACUGUGGUAUACUAUGGUACAUGCUGAUGGCUCUGUAUUGCAAACUUGGAAUUACCUGCACCAGAAUGGUCUGAAAGGAUUACUCGAAAUCUGGCCGAGACCUACGGCAAUUGCUUGCAAAAUUAUUGCUUGUUAUGCAAUCUUUGAGGCUGCUCUUCAGCUUCUAUUACCUGGGAAGAGGCACGAGGGACCGAUUUCUCCCACUGGAAACAGGCCUGUAUACAAGGCAAAUGGUGUGCUAGCAUAUGCAGUGACGUUGGCUACAUAUCUCGGCCUUUGGUGGUUCGGGAUAUUCAAUCCUUCAAUCGUUUACGACCAUUUGGGAGAGAUAUACUCCACACUCAUUUUCGGAAGCUUUAUCUUUUGUGUUUUCUUAUACAUUAAAGGUCAUGUUGCACCAUCUUCCUCUGAUUCUGGUUCAUCAGGAAACAUAAUUAUUGACUUCUACUGGGGGAUGGAGCUAUAUCCUCGUAUUGGCAAACACUUUGAUAUCAAAGUUUUCACAAACUGCAGAUUUGGCAUGAUGUCUUGGGGAGUUCUUGCUGUGACUUACUGCAUAAAACAGUAUGAAGAAUAUGGAAGAGUUUCUGAUUCCAUGCUUGUGAAUACUGUAUUGAUGUUGGUGUACGUCACAAAAUUCUUCUGGUGGGAAGCUGGGUACUGGAACACAAUGGAUAUUGCUCAUGACAGAGCUGGCUUUUAUAUAUGUUGGGGAUGCUUGGUUUGGGUUCCAUCUAUUUAUACUUCUCCUGGAAUGUAUCUCGUCAAACAUCCUGUAGAUCUUGGACUUCAGCUUGCACUUUAUAUUCUUGUUGCUGGCAUCCUUUGCAUAUAUAUCAACUAUGAUUGUGACAGGCAGAGGCAAGAAUUUCGUAGAACAAAUGGUAAAUGCACUAUUUGGGGAAAAGCUCCAUCAAAGAUUGUUGCCUCUUAUAAAACAGAUUCAGGUGAAACCAAAACAAGCCUUCUGCUGACAUCAGGAUGGUGGGGUCUAGCUCGGCACUUCCAUUAUGUCCCUGAAAUAUCUGCUGCCUUUUUCUGGACUGUUCCAGCUCUUUUCAACCAUUUUCUUCCUUAUUUCUAUGUCAUAUUUCUCACCAUCCUACUCUUUGAUCGAGCCAAGAGGGAUGAUGACCGAUGCAGAUCAAAGUAUGGCAAGUACUGGAAAUUGUAUUGUGAAAAGGUUCCAUACCGGAUAGUACCAGGAAUCUACUGAGGUUUUGUUUGACUUGUUAAGAAUGUAGUCCACAACAUUUCUUGGAGGUCAGAGGAUUAUAUGUGUUUCCCCUUAGAAUCUUUGUACUUCUUGUAAAACUGAUGCUUGAUUCUGUUGUCUUUUUGUUUUUGUUUUUUUAAAACAAUAAUUUUUUUUUUUUGGAUGAAGAGAAAGCUGCAGUCACUACCUGAUGGUGUUGCAAAUUA